GUAGAAUGGAUAUGUGAAAUAGCCUUUGUGCAGAACUGCUGUGAUUGUGUAUUUCUGAAAUUGCAAAUUGUGCAGGCCUUUGUUUAUAAUAAAGGAGCAAAAUUUUGUAAAAGAAAAAUUGAUUUAAUUCAUUUGUUUUAAAAACUUUACAAAUCUGCGUUGCAAAUCGUAUUUGGUGCUUAAUAAUAAAACAUUUGCAAGUACAUAUAUACGAUUUUCCAGGCAUUAAAGAUUCAUAAUUCUAGGCCAGUGCCAUUGCCAACAUUGCUACCAUUUUAGCUGCUGACUAAUUUAAUUUCAUUGCCACCCACUUCUAACGCAAAAAAAUGGAUGUUAAACAUCGCAAAAUAAUAAAGGAAAACAUCGACAAGCUAGUCCAACACACUGAAUUUAAGGAAUUGCUUCAAGCGUGUAGGAGGACGGAUUUACUUUCCGAUCAAAUGGUUUGUAAUCUUCGCAUAGAUUCUCAAAACAUGGUGGAUAUUGAAGGAUCACAAACUUCAGAUGAAUUUAUGCACAAAAAACUGUUUGAGAAAAUUACUCACAGAGGUCCUGAAGCGUUCGAAACGUUGAAGCAAAUUCUUAAAGCUUUGGACAAAGUCGAAGCACUUCAAAUUUUGCAAAGGGACAGAGAAUUUUAUGGUAUCAGAGAACAGCGCAAUAGUAUUCCGCAAACUAUACAUCGCGUAUUAGAAGCACCAAUUGAAUUAGUUUCAGCAAGUACCACUGACACGCCAGACAGCGUACAUUCUAUGGUUGGUGAGAAUUCCACGCCAGCCUUAACAGAGUUCUUAGACACUGUUGAUCCUAUAGAAAAAUAUGAAGUAGUAAAAGCCAAUCGAAUUAGUACAUGUGACCAUAUUGGAACAUAUAAAAUGCAGUCGAACCAUAAUCGAGGAGUCCUAUUCAUAGCGAAUUACAUAAGUUUUAAAGAUGAUUACCGCAAUGGAGCCGCAAAUGAUAGUGAUGCACUCAUAUAUGUAUUCAGACAAUUAGGUUUUAAAAUAUUCAAAACAAUAGAUGGUUCUCAAACGGAAUUUUUCGAUUUACUAGAAACUUUACUAAAUUCAGAGUAUACACGCCAAACAGAAUCUUUUGUCUUAGCAUUUAUGAGUCAUGGAGAACUCAACGAACAAAAUGAAGACGUCGUUGUUUUCAGUGAUGAAUCAGUCGUUAAAGUAAAAGAAGUCAUCGAUCGCUUUUCAAACAGGAGAUGUCCCAAUUUAGAAGUGAAACCAAAGGUUCUUAUAUUUCCAUUCUGCCGUGGUUCUAUGCAAGACAAAGGAAUAACAUCUAAAACUGAGACUGACACAAUUCCUUUUACUUCAAGGAAUGAGAAACUAAAUGCGGAGAUGUCGGAUUUACUAAUUUGCUACGCAACUAUGGAAGGAUUCAAAGCACAUAGGGAUAAGGUUACAGGUUCUUGGUAUAUACAAGAACUAUGUAAGACAAUAGCUGAACACGCACAUGAUACUCAUUUUGAGGAUAUAUUAAAACUUGUACAGAGAAAGGUUGUCAAAAUCCGUGCUGAAAACGGAGGUAUACAAAUGGGUAAUUACCGUAAUAUCGGUUUUGAUUUCAAAUUUUUCUUAAAUCCUGCGAUUUCGGAAGAAUAAUAAGGAGCAAAUAUAAUAUUGUAAAUGCUACAUAUGUAUCUACUUUAAGUAUAUAUUUUGAUAUAUGUCUUUACAUAGAUGUUAUAAUAUUUUAUACAAAAUUUGUGUACAACAAUCAUAUAUACAUUGAAAAUAAAUUGUGAUUUAUAUGUUUAAACUAAACAA